UAAAGAGAAUGAUAAAAUACUUUUUCAAUCGAUUAUGUAAAUGAGACACCGCAUGGGGGCGCUAAAGAAACAGCGACGUCCUUCUUUCACUUUGACACGGAAGCACACACACAAGAAUUCCUCGUUUGAAUUCUUACACGAUGGGUGGUUUGUCACGCAUCGCUCUUUGAUAUUACGAUUUGCCUAUAAACGUAAAACGUGAAAAGGGUUAAAAUAAACUGAGACAUUACAGAAGCAGAACUUACAUUUUACAGCGCGGUCAUUCAGUGGAGAUGAGUUAAGUUUGCGUUAACUUACUUUAGCUGGUGUCAUUUCUUCAAGCAACAAUGGACCAAGAACCAUGGCUGAGCUGUGAGAAGACUGCUGUGCUGCAGGGUGGAUUCCUACUGGCCAGUCAGAUCUGCGAACCUGAGCCACUCUCCUCCCUGAAAAAAGAGGACUGGAAUCAGAUUGGAAGUCCAAUUGUAAACGCAGUCAAAGAGAUAUGUGGACAUCCACUGAAACACACCAAAGACACACUCUUCUGGAGAAAGAAAAUUAUCUGUAUCGUGUGGAGUAAGCUCCUAGAGAUUAGGAACACAGAAGACAUUGAUAUUAGAUGGAAGGAUGACCCAUUAUUUGCUGUACAGAACAGUCUUCCUGACAUUAAUCAUACCUUAUUGUUCGAGUUGGUCAAGUCAAUGAGCUUCUCAACUAUCUAUGUGGAGCUGCUGAUGUGCUUUCAACCUUCUGAACGGUGUAAAGAGCUUGAGCUGCUGGUUAAUCAUGUGAUAAGCAACAGCACCGAAGCAGAUGUCAAACUUUUUAUGGAGGUGUGGUGGGAGCUACUGAAGGGGAGGAGAGGACCUCUUGAUACGCUAGACCAGCUUUUUACAAUUCAAUGUUCACGCUUGUUGACAUCCACAAAAGAGCCAUCACCACUGGCAUCAAAACGAUUCAAACCCGACCCAGAAUCCUCCUCCACGUGUAUGUUAAAUGUGCUCUUUGAAGGGCUGAGGGAAAUUAAAGAGCGUUUGACUUCCACUGAGUUUUGUUACUUUGCCCUCUCAAAUUGCCUGGACACACUCUACACCUGCUACCUUUUAAACAGUGCAUCAGACCUCCCAAUAGAACUUAAACUCCAAAAUGUGUCUUGCACAGUGAAGCUCAGAAUGAAAAAUGAAUCGGUGGAUGGAUUUGAUUUGGUUGAGGUCAUACGUGAGGUUGAGAGAGACCUCGCUGCCGCUCUGACUCCUGCUGAUACAAAACCAUGUGGAAUGACAUUCAUCCAAACCAUGCAAAUUACACUGGAGAUUAUAUGCUCAUGGGAGGUUUUGGGGCUUUUGAAGACGCCCAUCAAUGAUCCGAGUGCUAUAUCAAUCCGUCUGAAGGAAAGCCUGAGUAGAGUUCUAGCAUCUCUAGAGAAGCUGUCUCAUGCUAAGGACCUGAUUGGUAAUGGACAGACUUUGAAUAAUCUGAGAGUUAGUUUAAAAGGAUUACUGACCUCUUUAUCAUUCAAUGUCCCUGAAAGCUCUACGGCAGAAUUAGCAAAUAUUUCCAUGGUCAUCAUAGACAAUCAUCUCAAUGGAUUUCAAGGCCUUCCUGAACUAUUCGCCUCCAAACUCAGCCAAGAUUUCAAUGAGGCUGAAUGGAUCGAGUGCCUUGAGAGAAAUAAGAGCAUGUUCCAAACCAAACAUCUCGUGAUGACGUUGAUCUCCACACUCAUAGCUAAAAGUCAAAGCGAUGCUGACGUGCAGCACUGCAAAAAGCUGAAGGAUGUUAUUGUGGACAUAUUCUGCCAGCUUUCCCUACCCGAUAAAAAUUCAACUCUUUCUCAAAUACUCUCCAUCUCCAAAAAAGGCCUUCACGGGUUCCUGCCCAGUUCUGUGACUGCAGGCUUUGCCGAAGAACUCAAUUUAUCCUUCAACAGUAUCAUUCAAAGCGGUACAAACAGCAGCCUCGAUGCAGCAGUCUCUGCUGUGGCCCAAGUAGCUUUCCAAAACCCUGAAGCCGCCCUGCGUCGAUGCUGCCAAAUGGCUGUGGUCAACCUUGGAUCUCACACCCUGAUCGCUAAGAUCCUUCAGCAUCUCCCCGGUCUCAUAUCCUCACCAAACGUUCACAAAGACACCAGAGACAACCUCAUGUGUAGAUGUCUGCAAGACACGGUGUGGAGCAAGUUAUCUUCAACUCAAGAGGAGAACCAGUUCCUCCAGUUUGUGACUGAGCUGAUGAAGUGUAACCUUAUUGGAUCUGAAGGAGAAAAGCAGAGUUUUCUUCCUCCCCAAGAGGUUUUGCGUGUGUUUGUCCAGCCGUACCUCUUUUCUGCCAGCUCAUGUAACCUGGAGUUGUGUCUGCGUCUUUUGCGGUCCACCCUGACCCAGGACAGUCAGAGUGAAUCUGUACAUUGGGUAAUGAGCUGUUCUCCGUUUCCACUUCUUUACUGUUUAGCACAGCUGUUGAAUGAAUGCUGUAGAUGCUGGGAGCCGCCGGUAGAGGGCGACACACCCCUUUUAAUAGAAUCCAAAGAGUUGCUUUUAUCCAUCGUGCACACUUUGGGGACAAUCGUUGGGAAGGAGGUUGUCCGUGCUCCUAAUGACUGGUCCAGAGCUCUUUUUUGGCUUUACAGUCAAGUCGAGGAACUCGAUUGGACCGUGCGUCUUUGCCUGAAGGAAGUUUGGGGAGAACAUUUCAAGUAUGAAGCCCCAAACUCGCUGUUAGCUGUGUGUGAUCUUCCUGAACAAGAGUGGUCUGGCCUUCACUUGCCUCAGUAUGGACAAGGCACUGGACUUUUAGCAUGGUUGGAGUGCUGCACUCUGUCAGAUAGUGUUCACAAGACAAUGAUGGAUGCUCUCUCUCUAAACCUGCUGAAACCAGAUGAGGUCAACAUGUUUAGCAAAGGCUUGUUAGUGGCGGUGUCUCAAAUCCUCCCCUGGUGCACUGCCGGGGAAUGGGACAGACUUUUAAAAGUAUUACAAGAGCUCUUACAAUCCAACAAGCUAUACGUACCCUUCUCUUUAGAGUACGUCGACUUUCUCCCAUUACUUGAUCUCAGAUCGUUCUCCGUCGAAUUGCGUCUUUCAGUGUUCCUGCUGCGAAUCUUCCAGCUACUGUGUAGUCCCAGCUGUUCUGAUUGGCUGUUGCCUAAAGGCUGGGUGCAUACAGGACGUCUUUAUGCCACCGCGAUGAGGGGCGUCAUCAAUGUGGUCUGUGAGAAGUUGCCUAUGCCAUCCACCACAGGGUCACCUAAAAGUACUGUGGAGAAAAGUGGAGCUUGCAGUCAGGAGGUCCUGUUUGUGUUGGGUCAGUUAUUCUGUCACGUACUGCACGUACAGGUGAUGAUACCAGGCCAGCCAGAGGCACUGUUUCUAUGUGCCCUGGAGAUUCUGACUCACUAUGAAGCCGUGCUCUCUGCGUUUCCAGACAGCUGCACCGCCCUGCAGGGACUCAACACACGACACUUCUUCACUACAAUCGCAGACAAUUUGCAGUGCACCGAUAUGAAAGCUGUUCUCCACCAGAAGAUAGCUCAGCUAUGAAAUCACACUUGUACAACAUCAUUUUGAUCUGAUUUUCUUUUGUUCAUGACAGAAUAGUAAAUAAACACUUGUGCAUAACA